AUGGCGAUCCCCAGCAGCUUAACGUUUCUUGUCGGCGUUGUGAUAUUAGCCGUUUGCAUUUAUGCAAAUGACGAGCAUCAAUGUCAGUCGUUCGCAGGAGGCAGCGUUUAUCCCCAGGAAACGAAGCGCACUAGUGGACAUGCCAUCCAAUGGAGCCAAGCUGUCAUUUCUAAACCUGCUCCAGACUGGAAUGGGACAGCUGUCAUCAAAGGAGAGUUCAAAGAUGUCAAACUGGCUGACUAUAAGGGGAAAUAUAUUGUCUUCUUUUUCUAUCCGCUCGACUUCACAUUUGUAUGCCCCACAGAAAUCAUAGCCUUUAGUGACCGAGUCAGUGAGUUCCAUGAUAUCAACGCAGAGGUGAUUGCUUGCUCUGUCGACUCUCAGUUUACACACCUUGCCUGGAUGAACACGCCAAGAGACAAGGGAGGACUAGGUCCCAUCCAGAUUCCUCUGUUGUCUGACAUCACGCAUGAGAUCUCAAAGGCAUAUGGAGUUUACUUGGAAGACCUUGGUCACAGUCUCAGGGGUUUGUUUAUCAUUGAUGAUAAGGGUACCCUACGCCAGAUCACAAUGAAUGACUUGCCAGUUGGCAGGGAUGUAGAUGAAACACUCCGACUUGUUCAAGCAUUCCAGUACACAGACAAACAUGGAGAGGUUUGUCCAGCUGGUUGGAAGCCUGGCAAAGACACUAUCAUUCCUGACCCCAAACAGUCUCAAAAAUACUUCAGCAAGCAGAAACCUUAGGAUGUAAUUGGACAAUUCCUUAUCAUUGUCAUCACCUGUUACCUCUCACAUCUUCCUGUUUCCAGUCUUUAUUUAUGCUCAUUCAUAUCAUGUUUUGUUCCAGUGAAGUUAAAAGUCUUUUGGUUUUGAUGGUAAUGUAAAGAUUGUUACAUUUUUAUUAAUAUCUGUAAAUUUUGAA